GGCCGGACCCCCCUACAAUACCGUCCAUUAAUCCGCCCCCCCGCCUGAACACUGCUGUCCCCUACACUCAGCUGUAUCACUGACCCCCAAUCGGGCGCGCUACGCAUGCUGGGAUAUGUAGUUUGUUACUCGCCGGCGCAGAAAGGAAACUGUAGGCGCGGAACUACAAGCCCCAAGACCCCAGUCACCUUGCAGGGAUUCUCCAUCCUUAUCCCCUGUACAUUUAUCCCUAUUGUAGUGGAUACACUGGCUCAUCGACCCGAAUAGUGAUCAGAGGCAGGAGGUUCACAAAAAUGAAUUUGGCUGAGAUGUGCGAUAAUGCUAAAAAAGGCAGAGAAUACGCUCUUCUUGGAAAUUAUGACUCCUCUAUGGUUUAUUAUCAGGGAGUAAUUCAACAAAUUCAGAAACACUUCCAGAGCAUUAGGGAUCCAGUGGUGAAGGUCAAGUGGCAACAAGUGUGCCAAGAGUUAGUGGAAGAAUACGAGCAAGUAAAGACCAUAGUAAACACUCUAGAAUCCUUCAAAAUUGAAAAGCCUGCCGACUUCCCCGUCGCUUUACAAGAUGAACCUGUGAAGGACCCAGCAGUAUGGCCGCCUCCUGUUCCAGCAGAGCACAGGGCUCCUCCCCAGGUCAGAAGACCUAACAGAGAUGUAAAGCCUUUACGUAAAGAAUCUCCUGGAAUCCAACCACAUGGCCCUGUCGGCAGAGCGCAUCCUAUUUCAAAAAACGACAAGGUGUCAAAUCGGGAAAGAGAUGUCCGAGGAAGAGUAAAGGAUGACAAGGGGAGAAAAAAUCAGCAGGAUGUGGGUGGAGACAAUGAGCUGAAGAAGUUUGAUGGUGCUGGGCAUGACAAGGAACUUAUUGAAGCAUUAGAGCGGGACAUCAUCUCUAGGAAUCCCAAUGUCCAUUGGGAAGACAUUGCUGAUCUGGAGGAGGCAAAGAAAUUAUUAAGGGAAGCUGUAGUCCUUCCUAUGUGGAUGCCAGAUUUUUUCAAGGGGAUCAGAAGACCCUGGAAGGGUGUUUUAAUGGUCGGACCACCUGGUACGGGUAAGACCAUGCUGGCUAAAGCUGUAGCAACAGAAUGUGGGACGACAUUUUUUAAUGGGUCCUCAUCAACCUUAACAUCUAAAUACAGGGGAGAGUCUGAAAAAUUGGUGCGACUAUUAUUUGAAAUGGCAAGAUUUUAUGCUCCCACCACCAUUUUUAUUGAUGAAAUUGACUCAAUCUGCAGUCGAAGGGGAACUUCAGAUGAACAUGAAGCCAGUCGAAGAGUCAAGUCAGAAUUGCUUAUUCAGAUGGAUGGUGUUGGAGGCGCACUGGAAAAUGAUGAUCCCUCAAAAAUGGUUAUGGUUCUGGCGGCUACCAAUUUCCCCUGGGACAUCGAUGAGGCUUUACGGAGGAGAUUAGAAAAGAGGAUCUAUAUAGCAUUACCUACAGCUAAUGGAAGAGCUGAGCUGCUGAAAAUAAAUCUCCGAGAAGUUGAGCUGGACCCGGGAGUAGACCUGGAGGUCAUUGCUGAGAAGAUUGAGGGAUACUCUGGGGCGGACAUCACCAAUGUUUGCAGGGAUGCCUCCAUGAUGGCUAUGCGCCGACGUAUCCAGGGCUUAACGCCAGAACAGAUCCGUGCUUUAUCCAAGGAUGAGCUACAGAUGCCUGUGACAAUGUUAGACUUUGACUUGGCACUAAAGAAAAUUUCAAAGUCUGUUUCUGCUGCAGAUUUGGAGAAGUAUGAGAAGUGGAUGGGAGAAUUUGGUUCAGCUUAGUAAAACUAAACUUAUGCAUCUUGCAUUUAAACAUUUUCAAGCUCCGAAGGUCAUGUGAUUCCCACCUUUUUUUUUAUUGACUCUAGACAAGGUCACUUGGUGGUCUCCAGUAUAUCGAGUGAAACCAUUCCUCAGAAGAUCCACCUCUAAUUUUACUAACUUUACCCCUUCAUUAUGCGAUCUUCGGUGGGGGCAAAAAAGAACAUUGUUGAAUGUGUCUGCUUCAGUGACCCCAGUUUUAGGUUUUAUUCCCAUUUGCACUUUGAAAACUCACCUAACCCUAUGAAGAAGACCAUUUUGUGACCAACUUUCACCAUUUCCAAUUAUGCCAGAACCAAUGUUUUCAAGCACAUUUAUUAUUUCUUCUUUAAUAGUAGGCCGUAGGUUUGUUGAUUCUUUCGCAUAAGGUAAAAAUGUACAGUUGACGAUCGAUUAGGGGUUGGACUAGUGAUCUACUGUUGGGUAUAAAAUUCACUCUACCCUGAACAUCCAUUUUCAUCACUUACACAAAGCUUUCCUCCAAAGCUUCUACAUAGAUAUCCAUUACAUACUGCUUCAAGGGAAUAUUUGGAUGUCUAACCCAAAAGUUGUCCGUGUAUUGUUUUUUUGGGUAAAUACAAAAACCAAGCUGAAUAUUGAGUCCUGGGAUGUUGACCAUAGCUUCUUCAAAAUCAUGAUAUCCUACGAACUUUUGUUUUCUACUAGUUGUACAAGUCCUACCAUUAUCAUAGCUUCAUCCAUAUGGACCUUAUAGAAAAAUGUAUAAAUAAUCGUCACAACAGUGCACAUAUCGUUAUAAUACAGUUAGGUCAUUAAGCGCUGACCUCAAGUAUCUGUGAACGGCGGAGAUUGAGUUUUGUCCUGCAGCUUACAUAGACUAUACAUACUACAGAGAUAAUAGGGGAGAUUUAUGAAAACCUUUAGCCUAUGGCAACCAAUCAGAUCGCUUCUUUCAUUUUUGAAAAGGCCUCUGAAAAAUAAAAGAGGCAAUGUGAUUGGUUGCUAUGGGCAACUCAGCAACUUUUGCUCUGGACAGGUUUUCAUAAAUCUUCCCCAAUAUGAUUGUACUAGAGACUUUCAUCUGUGAUGUGCAAAGACACUUUAUUCUAACAAGAAAUAUUUUACCAUGUGAAAAUGUUUUACCUAUUAAAGAAGUUAAAGUGAA